AUGAUAACAGAAGCGCUGGUCGUUUCCGAACCGGGCGCCCCAUUCCGCUACCAACAAGUCGAGCUCCACGAAACCCUCCGCCCCGAUGAAGUGGCCGUCCGCAUCAAAGCCACGGGCAUCUGCCACACGGACCUCAACUUCUCCAAAGAGAAAUCCAUGCCUGAACUGUUCCCUGCGGUGCUGGGCCACGAGGGCGCCGGCAUCGUCGAACGCAUCGGCUCCGCCGUGACAAAAGUCUCCCCGGGCGACCAUGUGAUAGUCUGCUAUUCGUGCUGUGGGGAAUGCAAGUACUGUCUACGCAAGGAGUCUUCUUACUGCGACUUGUGGUUCCAGUACAAUUUCGGCGUGGGCCGGCUGGACGGCUCCAAGACGUUCGCGUCCGUUAAGGAUGGGAAGAGGAUCACGUCGCAUUUCUUCGGGCAGAGCAGUUUCGCCAGAGAUAUUCUUGUCUCGGAGAACGGAUUGGUGAGGGCCGACAAGCAUAUUCCGUGGGAGAAGCUGGCGGCUUUGGGCUGUGGUGUCAUGACUGGUGCUGGAGCAAUGCUGAACGUCAUCAACCCAACCCACGACAUGACCGUGGCCGUCGUGGGAGUGGGAGCGGUCGGACUCUCGGCCGUCAUGGCACUGAAGCUGCUCGAAUACCCUCCGAAGAAAAUCAUCGCCGUCGACGUCGUCCCCUCGCGGCUCGAGACGGCGCGUUCUUUCGGCGCCACGCACGGCGUCAAUUCCAAGGUCCGCCCGGACUUGAUGGCGGUCCUGAUGGCCAUCACGCACGGACGAGGCGUCGAUGGUGCUAUCGACACUACAGGAAGGCCGGAGAUUGUGCAAUCCCUGAUCCACAGCGCCGCCAGGAAAGGAAAGGUGGUCACCGUGGGUGUAGGAGAGCUCUCUGCUCAAGUGUCACAUAACAUCUUCGAGAUGGUCAAUGCCGGGUGCAGCUAUGUCGGGUGUAACCAAGGCGAUUGCUAUCCCCAAGAGUUCCUCCCGGAGCUUCUGACGGCAUGGCAGCUUGGCAAAUUUCCCUACGAUCGAUUAAUCAAGACGUAUCCGGCCAAAGAGGUGGAGAAGGCCGCGAAGGAUGUACUGAGUGGGAAGACGGUGAAGGCCGUGUUACUCUGGGACUGA